AUGAGCGACGGAAAGCUGUACGCUGCGCGCUACUUUGAUCAUCUCUCUCCGACUUGGUUCCAGUGGAACAAAUUGACCGCCCAUGAUCUCCUGCACCACGUCCAUUCGGUGCCCGAUUUCGCGGGGCGGGAUGUCUGGUUCUGGCUCAAUCAUCCACUGCAGUUCUUUCAAAUUAUGGGUCUAGUCGUCCAAAUUGACAGUGUCGCCGAUGGACGCUAUACAUUUCUCACGAUCGAUGAUGGGAGUGGAGUCAACAUGGAAGCCAAAAUCGAGAGGAGGCCAGCGUGGAGGGACGAAGAACCAGAAUGGAAGGAGAAUUCACAGGUCGAAGAUGUGGAUGUGUUUGUCAAUCUGGGACUCCCAGUAGUUCUCUUACACGGCAAGCAGGUGGAGGUUGGGGAAGUCAUGCUGGUCAAAGGCACGCUUACCACAUUCCGACAUGAAAAGCAGCUUGUGGUGAAAAGAAUGCGGCGUAUGAAGGAUACGAAUGAGGAAGUCGUCUGGUGGGGUCGCAUGGCAGAUUGGAAAAGAACGGUGCUGAGUACACCAUGGGUCAUUACGGAGGCAGAGAAGGCGAGCGUCGAUCAGAGACUGAAGAGAGAGGGGCAUGAGUCGAAUAAAGUGGUAAAGCGAGACUCUCGAAGGGCCGAGAGGAGGAGAGAGUGGGAAGAAAGGCAUUCGGCGAAGGAGGAGAUCAAGCGAAGUCUGCAGGAGGAGAAGAUGAACAGACAUGCUCUCGAGGGGAGCCAUAUCCUACAUAUACCUUGGGAUUGA